AUGACUCACCCUUGCUGCAGCCAUUUUCAAGUCCUAGUUACUGAACCUGUUCGCGCCAAGAUUCGCCUGACCAUGGCUCGAUGCAUCUGGCUAUCAAUCUUCCUGGCUUCUGCGUGGGCGGACGAGAAGGAUGCGUCAUGCAUGCUGCAACAGCACGGCUCAGCGCAACGAAGCACCAAGCCGGCUUUUUUAGAAGGUCUCUCAUCACUAGCAGAGCUUCCGAGCGCAGCCACUUGCAAGAAGAAGUUCACCGACGACAAGGUUUGCAAGACCACGGGCGGUGUAGAUUGCAACUACAGGGAGAGUCUCAAUUUCGGCAAGUGCUGGUUUUCGGAAACGCACGGGUCGAACCCGUGCCAGCCAAAGCCAGUCGCGGGAACGUGGACCACGGCCAAGUUUAACUUCGGCCGAGGCUCUCGGCCUGGGUAUUGCACCUAUGUCCCCCCAGGUGUCUGCCCCGUACAGCUUCUAGGCCGUGGACCGCGAACAAAGCUUUCUGCUGUUGUGGAGGAGUCAGACUCCCUCCGGCGCUGCAUUUCCAUCAAAUGGCAAGGUGAACGAGACCUUUUGCACGAAGUGGAUUCCUGGGAGGAGAUUAGCCUUGCAACCGACCCAAACAACCCAAACAACAUCCAAGAUCUGACCGACUUUGCCUUUCAGUUCGGCUGCUGCGAUGGGAGUGGAGGUGUAGUGGGAGAUCCGCACAUCCAUACUUUGGACGGAAACGAGUUCGACCUCUACGACAAAGGAACUUAUUCGGUGUUCCACUACGGCGGUACCGGUGACAUCGAUUGGCAACUCUACGCAGCGUAUGGAGGCCCGCUGUGGACAGUCAAAGGCUUGCUGUUGGUGGAUCGAUCCUCAGGACGCUUCCGGCAGGCUAUGGAGCUGACGUCAGAGGACUGCCAGUGGCGCAGCAAGACGGGGGAGGCGUCGUGGUCAGUCAUCGAGCGAAAUGCAUCGCUGUCCUUGCUGGAAGGGAGCGAGUACACUACGGGCUUCGAGUAUGUGAACGAGAAGCACGUCAACCUUGGCAUCAACACCCCUGACGGCAAGAAAGAAGUUCUUGUCCUCAACACAGUGUGCAUGAGCGGUGCUAUCAACUUGCGGGUCUCCCCGCGCAAGGCCUUCGAAGCCAAGUUCCUGACAGGCCAAAUCCAAGCCGGCAACGCCAGAAGCCAGGAGAGGUUCCCAGUGGAGGAGAGCUGGCAAUCGCUAGGUGGGAGCGACAGCGCCGCGUCUUUCCUGAAGAAGAACCAAGAGGAGGAGCACCUGCUUGUGACCUCCUGCACUGGAGACGCCAAGACGAAGGCCGAGGACACCUGCGCGGAAUAUCUCGGCGAGGAGACGCGGGAGGCCGGGAGUUUCUUCGACGAUUGCGUCUUCGAUGUCUGCCGAGGAGGGGAGUCAUUCGCAAAAGCAGCGGCAGAACUGCGCUCUCUCAUCUAG